UUGCGGUUUCUUCUAGAGCCGGUGAGUACAACUGGUGUAAUCACUUUUGAAACAAGUACGAGACCAAUUGAGACCACAACUUCGGUCAAAUCUACUACAUCUGCGUCUUCAUCAACAAGAUCUACAUCAACGUCAACUUCUACUACAACAUCUACCACCACAACCACAACAACUACUACAACUACAACAACAACAGUCCCUCUAGUUCUAGGAUGCUUGAGCGGUUGGACCAAAUUCAACCGAGGAACCUACUACUGGUGCAUGAAAGUGUACUGGGGUUACACUACAGGUCCAAUAGCUGAUUCACUCUGUCGCUCUCUGAACAGCACCGCGGUUUGUUCAGGCUUCCAAAACAAGCAGGAACUCUUGACAAUGACGGCUACAGCUUAUAGUGAAGUCAAAGCGUUGCGGCGACUUUACCUUGGGCUCAAACGAACCACCGCUUGCUGGACUGCGUACCUCUCAAGCAAAUGCAAUGCGUUGAAUUCGUUCUAUUGGACAGAUGGACAUACGACAGGAACGGCAGGAUUUAAAUGGCGUUCGGGGACGCCGGAUACAUAA